CAAUUAAAUAACAGAGGUUACAUAUGAAGAAUAAUGUGCAGCUGCUGUCUUUGCGGCUCUUAUUUCAUCACCUCUGCUGACAGGAAGUGCUAUCUUAUUGUAACUAGGUGACUAGAUAAUGAUAAUGUGCGUGUGUCAAAGUCCAGCCUGCACUGUGUGAGGGUCACACACCGAACAGGGAGUUUUGUGUGGGCCAACAUGGAGGAACAGAAGAAGAAGAUCCUGUGUGUGGGUCUGGUGUGUCUUGACAUCAUCAGCGUGGUCGACAAAUACCCAGAAGAAGAUACUGACAGCAGGUGUCUGUCGCAGCGCUGGCAGCGAGGAGGAAACGCUUCUAACUCGUGCACGGUGCUGUCGCUGCUCGGAGCGCCGAGCGCCUUCAUGGGCUCUCUGUCCGCUGGACCUGUGGCCGAUUUUAUUCUGGAGGAUUUUCAGAAGUUCCACAUCGAUGUGUCUCUGGUGUCCGAGCACGCUCACUGUGCCCUUCCAGCCUCCGUGGUCAUCAGCAACGUCAGCACGGGAAGCCGCACCAUCCUGCACAUGAACAGGUGUGCACAGGUGUGUGUAUCUGUGUGUCUCACUAACUCGUAUUUAUUUCAGGAACGUCGUCCCCGAGCAGCUCUCCCGUUCCUCCAAUCAGUGGACGUGGGCGUUUUUCAGCGUCCGUCAGCGGUUUUAUUUUGGAGGGACCUUCCGGAUGUCACAGCGGAGGAUUUCUCCAAAGUCGAUCUGCAUCAGUUCAAGUGGAUCCACUGGGAGGGCCGUAACGCCGAGGAGCAGGUGAAGAUGAUCCAGCGGGUUGUGGCGUUUAACGCCGCGUUGCCGCGGCAGCAGCAGAGAAUCACCGUCUCCGUGGAGAUAGAGAAGACCAGAGAACCGCUGUAUGAGCUGUUUCCUCACGGCGACGUGGUGUUCGUCAGCAAAGACGUGGCCCGACACUUCGGCUUCCUGUCGGCAGGAGCUGCUCUGCAAGGACUCCGCGGGCGGCUCAAACCGGGGGCCGUCCUUGUGUGUGCCUGGGCAGAAAAAGGAGCGGACGCUUUGGGUCCAGACGGUUCUGUCGUUCAUUCGGAUGCGUUUCCUCCUGAAACUCUCGUCGACACUCUCGGAGCCGGAGACACUUUCAACUCUGCCGUCAUCUACACGCUGUCCAACGGUGGAAGUUUGCAAGACGCGCUGACCUUCGGCUGCCGAGUCGCUGGCAGGAAGUGCGGUUUCCAAGGUUACGACGGCAUCGGCGAAAACUUUGGCAACUCACUGAAGACCAAAGAGUGAAGGAUUCAAAGGACUCAAAGUCUGAGGUUGAUAAUGACGCGUUAAAAUUAAAUUAGAAAACACACUGAUUUCUUUCAGCAGGGAAAUUACAACAGAUGAAUAUUCUAUAAAAGUUCAUGAAUAUUUUUUUUAAAUCAAUGAUACUAAAGAGAUGUUCAGCAGAUAAUAAAUGAAUAUUAUUAUUAACAAGCUGCUAAUAAAGGGUUGAUGAACUGUUCACUGCGGGAUGCAGUGACGUUAAAUGAAGUAACAUCUUGUUAAAAUCCUUUCAUGGCUGUGAUGUUGUUGUUUUUUUUACCUGAUGAGAAUAAAAUGUAUUGAUCCGACAAAAACA